CAGGGAUUUUGCAAGCGGGGAAUUGGCCAAAUUAAACGUAACCAUGCUGUUGUUAUAUCACACUCACAUCUGGCCUCAGGGUGAUUGGCGGGGGCACCUCCGCCGUGCCUGCUGUCUGUGCGGUCAGCCAGGGGGUGACAGGACGCGCGAGGUGCUCAGCCCAUCCAUUGCGCACUAACCAUGCCUCCGGCAGGGCCCGGAGCACCAAACUUUCACCAAGAACGCCGGGAAGUGAGCAGGAACCAGACGGAGCUUCAGGUGUUGGAGGAGACAAGGCAAAAUGAGAGCUAACCAGCCACUCUAAGUGCUGCUGAAGACUUUUUGCCCUUGUCCUCCAUUGCUGAUUCUGGCGACAGAGCAUCUCAUCCAUCCACCCCUGUGUGAGCAACUGUGUUAUCCUGGGGUCCCAAAGCUUACCACUGGCUGAACUGCAGCCAUGGAGGUGGCCCUGGUAGACUUUGAGACCCUUGGAGAUCUCGACGGAAGCCUGGAGGACGAGGCAGACACCUACGCCGAUGAGACCACAGCUCUUACAGCGGACAUUCCUCAGGUGCUCAACAGCCCCGGCAGCAACUACAAUUUGCACGUUCCUCAACUUUCUUCUCCACCCUCUCACCACAGUCCAGUUUCUUCCCACAUGUGGGAAUCUACCUCAUCUUCACCCAUCCCACAAGCACAGUCAUUGCAUGUACCACAGUCUCCAACCAUGCCCACUCCAAGAAGACAGGGGCGCAGUAGCUGCGCCAGUAUGAUCUCCAACUGGAAACUACUGCUUAGCAGUGAAGGAACCAAGGAAAGUGAGACAAUCUUCAACCGGCUUACCAAGGAGUGCUGCGAGGAUCUGUUUGUAGAUAAAAGAGGUCUAGAUGAUGGAGACCAGAAAGUUAUCAUCAAUAUCGCUGGUCUUCGUUUUGAGACCCAGCUCAAAACGUUGGACCAAUUCCCCGACACCCUGCUAGGAGAUCCUCUAAAGAGGAUGGACUACUUUGAUCCAAUGAGGAAUGAGUACUUCUUUGAUCGGAACCGACCCAGCUUUGAUGGAAUCUUGUAUUACUACCAGUCAGGCGGUAAGAUUCGACGUCCAGCAAAUGUUCCCCUGGAUGUGUUUGCAGAUGAAAUCGUCUUCUACGAGCUUGGCAAUGAAGCCAUGGAGCAGUUCAGAGAAGAUGAAGGUUUUAUAAAGGAUGUUGAGAUCCCUCUACCUAAAAAUGAUGUGUACAGGCAAUUCUGGCUGCUGUUUGAGUACCCCGAGAGUUCAAAUGCAGCCCGAGGUGUAGCUCUGGUGUCUGUUUUUGUUAUUGUCAUAUCCAUAAUUAUUUUCUGCAUGGAAACACUGCCAGAAUUUCGCGAUGACAGUGACCCAAUCGUGCCCACAGCGAUACUGCCUUUCAACCAGUCCAGACUUUAUACCUCUGUGGCUCCUUCUGCUGCAAAGGCCACCACUUUCUCUGACCCUUUCUUCAUCAUCGAGUCUGCAUGCAUUGCAUGGUUCUUCUUUGAGCUGUGUGUCAGGUUUUUAGUCUGUCCAAGCAAAAGGGAGUUUUUCCACAAUCUCAUGAACAUCAUUGAUGUUAUUUCCAUCAUCCCUUAUUUUGUGACUGUAGUUACAGAAAUGGUCACAACACCAGAGGAGAGCACAGGACAGAACAUGUCUUUGGCUAUUCUGCGCAUCAUUCGCCUAGUGAGGGUGUUCCGUAUAUUCAAACUCUCACGUCACUCAAAGGGGCUGCAGAUCCUGGGACAGACUCUGAAGGCCAGUAUGCGUGAGCUUGGCUUGCUCAUCUUCUUCCUCUUUAUCGGAGUCAUCCUCUUUUCCAGUGCUAUCUACUUUGCUGAAGUAGAUGAGCCAAACACACAGUUUGUAAGCAUACCUGAUGGAUUCUGGUGGGCUGUGGUAACAAUGACCACAGUUGGCUACGGAGACAUGUGUCCUAUCACUGUAGGGGGUAAAAUGGUGGGUACCUUGUGUGCCAUCGCAGGCGUGUUGACUAUUGCUUUGCCUGUUCCUGUCAUUGUCUCCAACUUCAACUACUUCUACCACAGAGAGACAGAAGCAGAAGACAAAUUACCUCUGGCAGAUGCACUUGAGCAAGCCAUGAAGACUGAGACAGAAGCCACCACAGAUAGCAACACUUCACUCAAUAAAGCCAAUGGCAUCUGGCUGAUUGACAAAGGGAAAUAACUUUGGCACAGGAGAAUUUGUCUGUUUUUAGUUGCAGAAAACAAAUUUUGUUUGAGUGGGAUGAAUUUAAAUGACACAAUUUCCCUCAAAUAAAAGAAUCCAUAAUUUCAAUUCUUUUUACCAAGUGAAAAACUGUUUUUAAGGAUACGCAGGACUCUACUGUACUUAACUUAUUUUUGUCUAACAUGAAACUGACACUAAAAAUAGCACAAACACAGAAGGAUUCAUUUAUGUCAUGCUCAAGACGUGAUGUUAACAUAGUUUACUUUGUGUUAGAACUCCUCCAUAGCUGCAUAAAAACAAAAAAUGUACAUGUUCAAUUUCAACAGUAUGUAUGUUUCAAGGGUUUUUAUUUGUAUUGGCUCGGCUAUUUUUCCUGCUCUAAACAUUUUUGCACAUUACCCUCACCUUUAUGUAUUACACCAUAACAAAACUUUGACAUUGUUUCUUCCAACUGGGAACUGUUAAUUGAAAAGAUAACCAUGUAAAUCUUCUUAAAAUAGACAUUAAAUCCAAUAGCAUUUAAUCAGUAAAUUAUUAACAAGUUAACGUUAACAUUAACAAGUGUAAUCGAAACAGAAAGAAACACUGAAAUGUCAGAAUGAGUUUUUUGAGAUGGUGCAAAUUUCACCUGAUUCAGACGGCUCACUUGGAAAUUGCGCUAACUUUUAGUCGGAUUGUGUGCUGUUUGACCUUCCGGGGGACACAGCUGACAACUACCCGACUAUAGCCUGACCAGUCACUCCUGACACGUUGGAUGUUUGAUAUUUUAGUCUUACGACUGCACACACUCCACAAGCAGAAUCCUCAAUUUUGGAGCAUUUUGUCCUUUGUAAAUGCUCAGACAUUGUCUUAAAUCACCACAACAAUAGCAAAAAAUGACUUUCCAAUGCCCAAUGAAGAAAUUCUUCUUCGUUUUUGUUGUAAAUAAACCACAGGCACGCACUUGUUUUUUCAACUCCUACUCACGAGAAAUAUUUGAUUGUUUUACUAUUUAAUGUCUGGACCUUAUAUUCUCUGAUCAACAAUUUGGUGCUCUUUAAAAGUUUCAAGAAGAAAAUCUGACUCUGCAACAGACUAGUUUUGUUUUGCUCCCGCCAUGUUUCUGUCUGGUCUGACCAUGGGGCAGACAUGUGCCGCAAGGCAAAACUAGCCCCAAACAGAUCAGAUCUUGAUCAGAUCAAGUUUUUCAUGGCUGCUGAUCUGAACGACUAUCGACAUAAACCACCCCCUCAAUCUGAUGAAAUUUCAUUCUGAAUGAGCCGAAUCUGAGGAUUUUACUCCAAAUGAAGUGUUUAUAUGAAGCAUUUUUAUUCCAAUCAGGCAUUUAUUCCAAUUACAAGUGGUCCAUGUAAACAUAGCUAAUGUGGCAAGAAGAUUUAACAACUUUCACAGACUUUCUUUCUCUCCUCUCAAUGGCUGGAAUUACAUUUUUCAGUUGUGUGACAACUUUUUGCUUUAGAAUACAAUAAUAGACUGAAUGGGGCACAGUAGGAAUAGUGGUUAAGGCACAACCAUGUACGCGGGCAUCUCAGCAGCCCAGGUUAAAGUCCGACUUGUGACUCCUUUCUGGUAUGUCUCCAGUUCAACCAAAGUUUACGGUUUUGAUAAUUGUUUUUCAAAUUAAUGUCCCAUUAAAUUUUUAUUAUUAGGAAAUAAAUGCUGAUUAUUAACAAUGAACAAAUUAUGGACAAGCCCAGCGCUGGCUGUUAAACAUGGGACAAUGAAAUAGUCAAACAAGUCAAACAUAAAACUAGGUUCAAAGAAAAUUUGAAUGACACAACCUAUAACCUUUAAAGGAUUAUUAAUGUCAACUGACCUUCAGAGGUUUUUUCUUAAUUCAGAUCUGAAAAAUGGCCAUUGUACAUGCAAAUAAAACCCAAUUCACUUUAUGAGGGUGACUUUAUGUCAUCUUUAAAAAAAACUUGACCUGUAAAACAAAUGAUGUGGCCUCUUAAAGCCAUCACCACGGGCAUCUGUGCAAAACAUCUAGUGGGAAAAUAGCCAAUUUGAUGCAAAUAAGACCAAGACUGUACAAAAUAGCAUUAACAAAUAACAAAAGAGCAAACUCAGAAUUCCUGCGAUUGUUGUGAAUGAGUAACUUGUGAAUAGUGAAUAGAUCACAGCUUUCCUGUAUUAGUUAUUUUAGAAUGUUUCAUGAUACUGUUGCAUUUAUUCAUUUUGUUGGUUAGAAUUCUUCACUGUUGUUAGCAGUCAGGCUCCACAAAAUGUACAACAACGGAGUGCCUUAUAUGAUGACAUAAUGUUGAAUUUUCCAUGCAUACUUUUCCAUUAUACCUUUAUUAAUCAUCUAUAUAUGAUUAAUAGUUUUGAUUCUGUUUGACUGAAAGUGUAGAAAUGAAACUACUCCUAUUUCCCAGAAAAGACAUGCUUUGACUAGAGGUUUAACCUCUGCAAAGUUUUAAAGGCACUUCCAGUCAGAGCCGUAAGUCCUUCUGGGUAAAGAUCUAUCCUUUAAAGUUUUUGAUUUUAUUUACAAAUAUCAUAUUUUUAUCAAAAAUAUCAUUUUGAACACGUUGUCCAAUUGGGAGGCUGAACUUUUCUGUGGCAUUAAAUAAAAUAAACUGAGAAAUAAAGGAAGAUAAAAGAUGCCAAAGAGUUAUCAAUCAUCUGAAUAAAGGGAACUGUUAUAGACCCAGGAGACACUCGGUCUCAUGAUCCUUCAUACUAUUAAGGUGUAAUCAUAAAUGUUACUGUAUCAGUGUUAUGCUCUGAAGGCAGUAUUUGUAUCAAGAGAUAAAAUGUUAUCUCAUGAUAGCUUUAGAGCUGUGUCUGAACUCCUGGGAAGUGCAUGAUUUAAUGAAGAUGUGUUGUCUGAGUGUGAAAUCAGCCUCAUGUGACAUUGAUAAUAUGGUACGUUGUCUUUCUUUUUUUUUUAUUUUGUCAGUCCUUCAUCUGCAAAGUCACAACUGCAAAAUGAAUUCAGAGGUAGUUUUGCCUGAUGUGGUCUUGCAUUAUCAUAGCUGCAGCAGGUCAGAGUUAAUGACACCAACAAGACCACUACACUGUAUUUAUAUUUCACUGUAUUUAUAUUUAUAUGUAUGAUAACAUUUCAGUA